AUAAGUUUUAACAUCGGGUAUAACCCGAAGUCUACCCCCUCCCUUCUUCGCGCAUGCGUAAUUUCAGGAUAUUACCGCGUUACCCACAUGUUCAUAAGUUUCCUACGCGGGAACUAGUUUCUUCCUGAAAUAAAAUAUAUUUAAAAAAUAAUUGAAAAUCUGGCUAUUAAUUGUUCGACAAGACCAAGCGUUCUCUUUGCAGGAAAAAAAAAUAUCAAGAAUAAAUAAUUUAUUACGUUUUACAUGUUAUUUGUGUGUUAAUUUGAAUUUAUUUUGUGUGCUAAUUUUAAUGUUAGUGUGUUUGUUGUUUUAAGUUAAGAUUUUCUUCAUAAUUAACCUGUGUAAUUUUUCGAGUUGGGACAUCAGUGUUAACAAAAGGUAAGUGUACUUGAAUAUACAAUCAAUGGGUAUCAAUCGUUGGGGAAUUAAAUUCUCCAUCGAUUGAUACCCAUUUCAUCCCCUAAUCACCAUUAUUUUCAAAGAAAAACCGCGGGCUACAUGCCGACAAGGACUAAAAUCGUCGAGAUUUUAGUCUUCAAUCGCCCGUUCCCCACUUAAAAAUUGAUUACUUCUCCCCCCUUAAAUUUAAGGGAUGAAACCAAGGGCGAUUGAAGGGGGAUACUGAUGGAAUAUAUUUUAUUUUUUACCCUUAAAAACUGUAGAUUCCCAAUGAAAUACAAAAGGCCCUAUGCUACUCCCAAGAGGUCCUCAAAUCGGAAGCCGUGGUCAAUUUCAUUGGAUAAUAAACGAGGAAGACCAUUCAAUAGUCAAUUCCAAAUGGCGGUAUACUCCGUUUAUUGUUUUAAUGAAGAGGAGCAGCGAGCAGGCCAAUGCAUAAUCCCUUUGCAGCAACCCAGGUAUUAAUAGUGGUUCCUUCAUUUUUGUCCUCAACAAUGGUUGCCUCCUGUUGCCAACCUAGUUCAGAGGCGACCUUUAAAAAAUUUCCGGAAAAAUACAUAUUUUUCAUGUUUUUGAAAAAGUUUCAAACCCUAUUUUUUCUUAAUCACGGUACAAUCUAAUUCUAUCUUAUUAUAUAAGCUGUACAUUUGUUUCCACUACUUAUACUAAUACGAAACAUGUAAUAACACUGUAUGUGCAUCCGUAAUAGUGAGGGGUCGAAAAUAUACUAAUUACUAUAGUAAUUUGAUGAUUGAUCCAGUACUUGAUAAAUUAGUCAUCGUGUAUUUCACGUUUUCUGCGAUUUAUGGAAGAAAAAAAGAAAUCUAGGAUGUUUGCGGGAAAUUACGAUGCAAAUAGCAGAAGUCUGAUCAAGCAACACAAUUAAAAAUUGGAAUUUUCCUCGAAUACUUCCUGACAUAAUUCUUCUACUUUUCUGUGUGUAUAGCAUGCUUAACCGAGUGUUGACUAAUCCCCUUUUCUAUUCCCACAAUCUUCUAUUGCAUGUUUGCACGUACGUAUUCUGUAGAGAGAGAACCUCGAAAAUGCUGAGAAUAUCCCUCCCUUCUAUUACCAAAAUUAUGCAGCAUGCUGAGACAGGUGAACCAUUUUUGACCCCAGGGAAAGACAGGCAUCGGACUGCACCCAAACUCAACAUUAGUGAUGAAGUCAAGGGCGAAAUUCGCGAUAUAAUUUAUGAGCAUGCCGAGAAACGUAAGAGUAGAGAAUUUGCAAUGUUUGUGUAGUCCUAUUGCAAAAGUUCGGUACUAUUUGAACACAAUAACUAUACGAAAAUUCGUCCCAUUUCUUCUGAGGCAUUUCAACUUUUCUAGAACGUAUUUUACCUCUUUAAGGGGGAGAAUUUAUUCAAUGUUAUAAAAUACUUUAUGUACAAAGAAAAUUCUCCUUCACGAACAUUUCAUUAUAAAAUAAUCGUUUUCUUUUUCUGGGCUGGACAUCAAACAAGUCAACGUUAUCUUGUGUAUGUAAGGAUGAAUAAUAUAUUAACUUUUUUAUGCAGGUGAACCAUUGACCAUUGAAAAGUUGCUGCAGGUCAUUGCGUAUGUUCCUCUUUCAUUUAUUAGUUGAUCUUUUGAAAUUUGAAUGAGCAUAGUAGUAUCAUAAACUUUAUUUUCAAGAUCGAAGGAAAUCACUUUUACCGGAGGAAAAACGACGCUGAAAAAAGUCCUUCUUCAGAUUGGGUUCACCUACUGUAAGCGUGAUGGUACUAGGUACCUCAAAGAACAGCCAUACAUCGCUUACAGAAGGAUCCAGUUCCUCAAAAAAAUGAAGCAUCUAAUUGACGAAGGCAAGCCGAUUGUCUACCAAGAUGAGACUUGGACAUAUCGACGAGGAACGGGGAAGUCGAAAGAGUGGCAGGACAGUGAUGUCCGGAGCCACACAGUCAGGAAUGAUUCGACUGGUGACCGGUACCUGAUCUGUAAUGCUGGCGGGAGGAGUGGUUUCGUUCCGGAAUGCUCCCUAUUCUACCGUACAGCUGUCAAACCAAGACCAGAUGACGAUUAUCAUGGUGACAUGAAUGGAGAACUAUUCCAGAAAUGGUUCAAGGAAAGACUUGUCCCCAACAUCCGGGAGCCAUCGAUAAUCGUCAUGGACAAUGCAUCGUAUCACUCCCAACGAGUACAUCAAAAUCCUACUCAAAAGUGGACAAUUGCCCAGAUCCAGAAGUGGUUGGAUGAUCAUAACAUUCGUUAUGAGCCAGGGACUACCAAAAAGGAGUUACUGGUCAUUGUUCAACUCAACAAGCCUGAAGUUCGUUACCAAUUGGAUGAUUAUGUUGCGAAAUGUACUGAUCAUGAGAUUGUUCGUUUGCCUCCAUACCAUUCAAUCUAUAAUCCGAUUGAAAUGGUUUGGUCACAAAUGAAGCGAUAUUAUGAUAAGAAUAUUGGUCGCAACAAUGAUUAUUCACACGAAAUGGCUGAAACGAUCUGGGCAGAGGCAUUGGCAUGCGUUUCUAUACAGCAAUGGGAAAACUAUUGCCGUCAUACUGAAACCAGAAUCUUGGAGGACUAUGCUCGAGAGGUAUCAGAUGACUGUAAUAGAGAAGCCUAUCAGAUCCAAAUUGUUUGUGAUGAGGAUGACGCAGACAAUGGUGAUGACGAUGGUGCUGACGCAGAUAAUUUCACCGCAAUGCAAGUGACCGUCGACCUUGAUUCACGGAUUCAUAAUUCAGCUUCUUUGGAGAUGAAUCUGGGAUCGGUUCGUCGAUCCUUGUUAACUGCGUUUGAAUCGGAAAUGCUGGCAGAUCCACCCCAAAGUGACGAAGACAUGGUAGCAGGUCUUCAGAUGGAAACUGAUUUCGCAGACCAUUCUGUAUUACCAGCGAUUCCUUCAUCGGAUUCGACAAAUUGUUCCCCGAGGACUUUAGAUCAUGAAUCUCAAAAAGUCAAUGAAGUUGUGAUGGAAUGCAGCAGGCCGUCAAGAGCCAUUACGGAUUCUGUGCUGGUACCAAUACCAGAUCCAGAAAGAGAUUCAAGACCUCACUGGUCAUCAUUGAUGGACAGAAAAGGAGUUGUCGAAUUGGCAACAUCGAUGAAUGGAGUAUUACUUCACCAGUCUGCCAGAUUUCAUCAGGGCCACGAACGUUUUCCGGUAGAGCGCAGAAAUUCCCAGUGCACAGCAAAUGCGGUGGUGGCGAUAGCAGUGCUACUUGGAUCCCCAGUUAAUGUUACACGAGAUCUUCUGGAUCAGAUCUUGAUAGAUGGUGACAGACUUUAUGUCGACUCACGAACUGAGAGAAACAUCGUCUAUCAACAUCUAUCACCAGAAGAUCUCCAAAACAGAUUCACGGCAUGUGGUCAGGCGUUUACCAUCGGUGUUUAUUUCAAUUCUCAGGGGUUUCUGUCUUCAGAAACUACCCUACACGAGAUCACUGAAAGUAUCUCAUCAAAUGCCGCUGUUUAUCAGCACGAACUUGAGCGUACAGGGUUUUUAUAUAUUUCGGAAGGCAAAACGGUUGCGUAUAUCAUUUCUCCACAAAAUCCCAAUUGUACUCGCCAAUAUUUUUAUUUGUUCAAUCCACAUGCAGUGGACAACAAUAAUCAUUUCCCUCGAAUUGCCAGAAAAGGAGCCGCGAGAUUAUUCCGAUGCCUGUCAGCGAAUGCCCUGGCUCAGCUUCUGCUGACCCAAAAUUAUGCCAGAAGGAAUGGAUGGCAAAUGUAUAGAAUUAAAAUUGAAAACAGUACGAAAUAGUAUAUUUAGUAACGGACCUGAAUAAGGUUUUUUUAGCAAUGGUUAAACAUACUAUUUUUAAUAAAGUUCAUAUUAUAAUUUAUGAAAUGUGUAACACGAGGUUUUUUAAUUAUCAUUUUUCAAAUUUUUUGGCAGGGUAAAAGAUUUGUUGUGGGAGAACUUAUUUAUUUAUAAGCGGCGGUUUUUCUAUUGAAAAACUGAAGAUUAGGGGGUGAAAUCGGUAUCAAUCGAUGGGGAAUUAAUUCCCCAGCGAAUGCCCUUGAUUUCAUCCCUUAAUAUUAAUUGGGGGAGAAGUUAUCAAUUUUUAAGUGGGCAGCGGGCAAUUGGAGACUAAAAUCUCGACGAUUUUCGUUGUUGUCGGCAUGUACUCCGCGGUUUUUCUUGUGAAAUAAUGACGAUUAGGGGAUGAAAUUUAAUCCCCCAACGAAUGCCGUUGGUUUCAUCCCUUAAUAUUAAUUAGGGGAGAAGUUAUGAAUUUGUAAGUGGCGAGUCGGCGAUUGGAGAGUGAAAUCUCCAUGAUUUUCACCCUUUUCGGCAUGUUUCCCGCCGUGUUCCUUUUAAAAUAAUGAAGAUUCAGGGUUGAAAUGCUCUCCAGGAGAUUGAGUGAUAACUGGAUGCAGUAGUAAGCUACAUAUUUUUAAUAAUUGUUUAGUAAACUUGGUAGAUCCCUUUAAAAUAAUAUCGCUCUUUAGCGCCCUUCCAUCAUGUUUUCUCUCUUUUUUUCAUUAUUUUUCAUGUCCAUUCAAGUGGUUCCCACAACGCAAAAUUAGUCCCAAAAGUUAAUGUAUUUUAAGUUAAAAAGAUAAAAUUUUUCCAAAAGUUGACGUUCGUUAGAUAGUCCACGCGGGUCUUAAUUUAUAUUGUUUUUGUGGCGAUGUGGGAUGGAUCUUUAUGACGAAUUAAAGUAAAUAUUUGUUUAUAUAUACAUAUAUUAUAUUAUAUCCUUACAUAUUAAUGAAACAAGGCAGAAAUAACGAAAUGCAAUAAUUAUCUUAAUUUUAAUUUUAUUGAAACUUUUAUAUUUUAAUAUAACCUCAAGUCUAAAAGCGUAUAAUCAUGCUAUUCACUAAUACAGUUCUCUCCAUUGAAGAAUAAAAAUUUUACAGUUCAGAAUGAAAAAAUAUUUAUAAUUUCUCGUGGGAUUUUUUUAAUUCAAAAAACGCGCACACAAUAUGAAAGUAGGCCCUUGGCGGAAGACUAGCUUCAUGGCGCAUGCGCGAAAAAGUGAGGGGCGACUUCGGGUUAUACCCGAUGUUAAAACUUAUACUGACUUUAGUAUAACUGAGGUAGGAGAUGACAGAUAUCGAACAUCAGACGGAUCCCUGGCACAUCCAAAACUACCACCCGAUAUCGUAUUCCUUUAUUUACAGCAUUUAAAUAAUAUGCGUACUCUACUGUAAUUUAUAAACUCCCCCAUAAAUAAUAAUACAGUUAUAACUUUGUUUUGGUAUAUCCUAACGUUCGUUCAGGAAGUCAAUUAGUCACACAGGCGGAUUGGUCUUUCUCUCUCGAGUGAUCGAACUUAUACUACUCGAAUUCAGCCAGAUGAAGUGGGCAGCUUUCGCCAGCGAACCAGCUGGAAAUCCCAAUAUUGGAGAAAUAUUUAUAUAUAACCGUAGCAUUGUAUAGCUGUGCGUGC